AGAGCCGUCAUCCGGGAGAACGAGUUCUCCUUCGAGGAUAACGCCGUCCGAGGAGGCAAGAAGGCCUCCAGGAUGAAGAAAGACGUAUCCAUCAAGUUCCACGUUCUGCUGACGUCCUACGAGUUGAUCACCAUCGACAUGGCCGUCCUGGGCUCCAUAGAUUGGGCCUGUCUGGUGGUGGACGAGGCCCACAGGCUAAAAAACAACCAAUCAAAGUUUUUCCGGGUGUUGAACAACUACUCCCUGCAGCACAAACUGCUGCUGACUGGAACUCCUCUGCAGAACAACCUCGAGGAGCUUUUCCACCUGCUCAACUUCCUCACGCCCGAGAGGUUCAGUAAUUUGGAGAUCUUCUUGGAGGAGUUUGCCGACAUUGCCAAGGAGGACCAGAUCAAGAAGCUACACGACAUGCUAGGUCCGCACAUGCUCAGGAGGCUGAAGGCUGACGUCUUCAAGCACAUGCCCUCCAAGACCGAGCUCAUCGUCAGAGUGGAGCUCAGCCAGCUGCAGAAGAAAUAUUACAAAUUCAUCCUGACGAAAAACUUUGAGGCUUUGAACACCAAAGGAGGAGGAAACCAGGUUUCACUGCUCAACGUCGUCAUGGACCUCAAGAAAUGCUGCAACCACCCCUACCUCUUCCCCGGGGCCGCUAUGGAAGCUCCAAAGAUGCCCAACGGGAUGUAUGAUGGAAAUGCUCUCAUCAAGUCUUCAGGGAAACUGAUGUUACUGCAAAAGAUGAUGAGGAAGCUGAAGGAGGGAGGACACAGAGUGCUAGUUUUCUCUCAGGUACAACAACAAAUCUGA